GUCCGUUUUUGCUAGUAGUUAAUUCAUAUUUCUUGGUUUUUGUUAAAAUAUUUUUAUUAAAUAAGUAGUUUUUUAAGUUUUGUUCCUAGUUUUUUGUGGUUUAAGUUCAAUUUACUCUAGAUAGUCUGUAGUUUAUAGGGUACUUUUAGCUGAUUAAAAAGAAGCCACGUGCAUUAGCAAAAUGAAUAAGGAAAACGUUCCAAAAACUCCGAAAAGAGUACGUUUUACUUACGAUGACGACCUGGCACUUCUGCGUGAAGUUGUUAACAUAAAUCCACUGAAGGACCUGGAAAAGUGGAAGGAAGUAGGAGAUGUUAUUCAGGCUGUAACUGGCAAGUGUUUUACACUGAGAAGCCUGAAAGAUCACCUGCAUUUAUUGCUGGAAAUUUGGAAAAAAAAAGAUACAACAAAUGUUGGCAAGUCAGGGAUAGAAGAGAUUUACUCUGAAAAAGAUAAUCUACUGCAAGAAGUCGCCGAUAUUUGCAGGGAAUUAAACAUCACAAUGAAAGCUAAAAAACCGAAAAUUUCCCGGAAUGACAAAAUUAUAGUUCUGGGCAAAGAGAGCAGAGCAUCUACAUCAGCAGCUUUUUUUAAAGAAAUUGCUAGCCACGAUGAUAGUUUUGUCAUUGAGGAUGAACAGGAUGAUAACAUAUUUCAAGUAAAUAUGCAUGAUUAUUGCAUCGAAGGCUUCGAAAAUGAAAUAUCUUUAGUUGAUGUAACCAUACCAGAAGAGAAUAAGAAACCUCCAGCUAAUAAUGAGAAUACUGCCCCUACAUGUGAUGCUGCAAAGCCAAACAAACAGAAAAAACCAAAAUUAAGAGCUGUUCGAAAAGAUGCAAUGCAGUUUGUUGAAAAUAGAAAUGCCAAGGAACACGCUAUAAAAAAAAUAGAAUUGGAUUUUCAAGAAAGAAAAUUAAAUUUGGAAGAGAGACGAAUGCAGCUGGAAGAGGAAAGGUUCAAGUUGGAAAAAGAAGAGAGACAAUUUAAAAUGAAACUGGAAACAGAAAAAUUUUUGUAUGAAAAAAAUAGUAAUAACAAUCAGCAAUCUCUUAUAGAGAAACAAAAUAAAAUGAUCGAUUUAUUAAUAAACAAGUUUCAACCUUAUGACUGUUGUUUUCAAAUCCCUAUUUUUACAAAGUUAUCACUUCAACAUUAA